AUGACAUUUGAACCGUUAGACAUACUGUCAAUGUCCAAUCCUCAAAAAACUCAAAUCCAUACUGCAAACAACGGAACGAUGCAAGUGAAAGGAGGAGGAACAAUUGAGAUUUCACCAACUAUGAAAUUAUCAAAUUGUCUUUAUGUUCCAUCAUUGUCGCACAAACUGCUCUCAAUUAGCUAUAUUACCAAAGAGUUAAAUUGCACGGUACUAAUGCAUCCUACUUUCUGCCUUCUACUGGAUAUCAGGACGGGUGUGAUUAUUGGACGUGGUACUGAUCGCCAAGGAUUGUACUACGUGGAUGAAGUGGCUCGACAGGGUACUGUGAUAUUGGCACAUGGAACCGAAAAUCGAGAAGCCUGGAUAUGGCAUAGACGUUUGGGACACCCAUCCAAUGGGGAACACAUAGAACCGACAACAACGGAACCUACUCCACAGGCUGAACCAGAUGUGGAACAGGGUGAACCAGACUUGGAAGAGGUUGAAAAAGUCGUUGAACAUGUGGAACCAGUUGCAGCAGAGACAACCGGAAGAUACCCUCUCCCUCCUAGAGCCAAUAAGGGUGCGAAAGCAUUCGUCACCUCUCUAUACUCCGAACAAAUACCUGGCUCUGUAAAGGAAGCACAAGGUAAGAAGAACUGGAAAGAAGCUCUGGAAACAGACAUGCAAGCUCUUAUGAAAAACAAUACGUGGGAAAAGUGCAUUCCCCCAAAAGGAAAGAAAACAGUUGGCUGCCGUGGGUGUAUUCAAUUAAGUAUAAACCAGAUGGUUCUAUUAGAAGAUACAAAGCUUGACUUGUAG